CUCAGGAUUGAGGAAGUGCGUCUGGGCCCGGCCGGGCGCGCGGCCCGAAACUCGGGGGGGCAGAGGGCGGAGGGAGGGACCGCCAGGCCCCGGCCCGCGCCCCGAUCCCAGGCGCCCCGAACCCCGCAGCCACAGGAGAAAGCCACCCACCAUGACUGUGCAUCCACGCCUGUAACCCACCUGCGCCUGGUGCUGGCGGCUGGGGUGACCACGGCAGGACCUGCCUUUAGGGCUCCAGCCUCAAGGGCCCAUGGCUGGCACGAGCAGACCGCCCAGCAUGUACUGGUGUGUGGGCCCGGCGGGACCGGGAUCAGCCUUGGGGCCAGAAUGCACCAUGGAGACCAGCAAUGGUGCCAGGGAGAUGGGCAGCAAGCUGUCUGUGCCCGUUGGGGAUCCCCCUGAACGCUCCCCCAGGACCCAGGACAUUCACACGGCCUACAAGCAGCGAGACGUGGGCCGAGCGCGCCGCCUGCUCAGACAGGCCUGCGAGGAGGAGGACGUGUCCCCGCAGGAGAAGGGCCAGCUUCUGGGCGUGGCUGCGGCCCACGGAGACCUGGAGACCGUGCGGUAUCUUCUCACUGAGAAGGGCGUGGAGCUGCCCACCGAGCCCACGGAUGACAACCCCGCCGUGGUAGCCACUCAUUUUGGACACACCGAAGUGGUACAGGAACUGCUGGAGUCCCUCACAGGUCCCUGCAGCCCCCAACGCCUGCUCAACUGGAUGUUGGCCCUGGCCUGUCAGCGGGGGCACCUGGGCAUCGUGAAGCUGCUGGUCCUGACCCACGGGGCCGACCCGGAGAGCUACGCCGUCAGGAAGAACGAGUUUCCCGUCAUCGUUCGCUUGCCCCUCUAUGCGGCCAUCAAGGCAGGGAAUGAAGAUAUCGCCAUAUUCCUGCUUCGUCACGGAGCCUUCUUCUGUUCCUACAUCUUGCUGGACAGUCCAAACCCCAGCAAGCACCUCCUGAAGAAGUAUUUCAUUGAAGCCAGUGCCCUGCCCAGCUCCUGUCCUGGGAAAACAGCCCUCCGAGUGCGGUGGUCCCACCUGAGGCUGCCCUGGGUGGACCUCGACUGGCUCAUCGACAUCUCCUGCCAGAUCACAGAGCUCGACCUCUCUGCCAACUGCCUGGCCUCGCUGCCGUCCGUGAUCCCCUGGGGGCUCAUCAACCUCCGGAAGCUGAACCUGGCCGACAACCACCUGGGGGAGCUGCCCUGCGUGCGCUCCUCCGAGGAGAUCAUCUGCUCCAGGCUGCUAGAAAUCGACAUUUCCAGCAAUAAACUCUCCCACCUCCCCCCUGGUUUUCUGCACCUCUCCAAACUUCAAAAACUGAUCGCUUCAAAAAACUACUUAGAAAAGUUAUUUGAAGAAGAAAAUGCCACUAACUGGAUCGGCCUCCGGAAGCUGCAGGAGCUGGACCUGAGCGACAACAGGCUGACGGAGCUUCCGGUCGCCGUCCUACACUCCUUCAAGGCCCUCACUCACCUGAAUGUGUCCAGAAACAGCCUCAAGGUGUUCCCAGACCCCUGGGCCUGCCCGCUGAGAUGUUGCAAAGCAUCUAAGAACGCCCUGGGAGCACUGCCGGACAAGAUGGCUGUCUUCUGGAAAAACCACCUGAGGGAUGUCGAUUUCUCAGAAAAUGCACUGAAAGAAGUUCCCCUGGGACUUUUCCAGCUGGAGGCCCUGGUGGUCUUGAGGUUACAGGAAAACCAGCUGAUGUCACUGCCCCCCCAGGACAAGUGGACCUGCAGACACCUCAAGACCCUGGACCUCUCCAGAAACCAGCUCGGCAAAAGUGAAGAGGGCCUGAAGACAAAGCGGAUCUCCUUUUUCACCACCAGAGGGCGCCAGCGCUCAGGGACCGAGUCAGGGUGCCCGCUGGAAUUUCCAGCCUUCCUCAGCGACACGCUGGAAGUCCUUUAUCUGAACGACAACCACCUCGAUGCCGUCCCUCCGUCCGUGUGUCUGCUGAGGAACUUGUCAGAGCUCUACCUGGGAAACAAUCCGGGCCUCCGAGAGCUCCCUCCUGAGCUGGGCCAGCUGAGCAACCUGUGGCAGCUGGACAUGGAGGACCUGCACAUCGGCAACGUGCCCGCCGACGUCCGGAAAGAAGGCCCCAAAGCGGUGCUGUCUUUCCUGCGCGCUCAGCUCCGGAAGGCAGAGAAGUGCAGACUGAUGAAGAUGAUCAUCGCGGGGCCGCCCCGCCAGGGCAAGUCCACGCUGCUGGAGAUCCUGCAGACGGGGCGGGCCCCCCAGGGGGCCCACGGGGAGGCCACCAUCCGGACCACCAAGUGGGAGCUGCAGAGGCCAGCCGGCUCCAAGGCCAAGGUGGAGUCGGUGGAGUUCAAUGUCUGGGACAUCGGCGGCCCCACCAGCAUGGCGACUGUCAACCAGUGUUUCUUCACGGACAAGGCCCUGUACGUGGUGGUGUGGAACCUGGCGCUGGGCGAGGAGGCGGUGGCCAGCCUCCAGUUUUGGCUGCUCAACAUUGAGGCCAAGGCCCCCAACGCCGUGGUGCUGGUGGUCGGCACGCACCUGGACUUGAUCGAGGCCAAGUUCCGUGUGGAGAGAGUGGCCACCCUGCGAGCCUACGUGCUGGCGCUCUGCCGCUCGCCCUCGGGGGCCAGAGCCACCGGCUUCCCCGACAUCACCUGCAAGCACCUGCAUGAGAUUUCCUGCAAGAGCCUGGAGGGCCUGGAAGGCCUGCGGCAGCUGCUCUUCCACGUCGCCUGCAACAUGAAGGACGUGGGCAGCACCAUCGGCUGCCAGCGGCUGGCGGGGAGGCUGAUCCCCAGGAGCUACCUGAACCUGCAGGAGGCGGUGCUGGCCGAGCAGCAACGGCGGAACCUGGGCGACGAGGUGCAGUACCUGACCGACAGGCAGCUAGAGCAGCUGGUGGACCAGACGCCCGGCAACGACCUCAAAGACUACGAGGACCUGCAGUCUGCCACGAACUUCCUCAUAGAGACGGGCACGCUGCUCCACUUUCCCGACACCAGCCACGGCCUCAGGAACCUCUACUUCCUCGACCCCAUCUGGCUCUCCGAGUGUCUGCAGCGGAUCUUUAACAUCAAAGGCUCCCGAUCGGUGGCCAAGAAUGGCGUGAUCCGUGCGGAAGACCUCAGAAUGCUGCUGGUGGGGACUGGCUUCACGCAGCAAACCGAGGAGCAGUACUUCCAGUUCCUGGCCAAGUUCGAGAUCGCCCUGCCCGUCGCCAAUGACAGCUACCUCCUGCCGCACCUCCUCCCAUCCAAACCCGGGCUGGACACGCACGGUAUGAGACACCCCGCGGCCAACGCCAUCCAGCGCGUGUUUAAGAUGAGCUUCGUGCCUGUCGGCUUCUGGCAAAGGUUCAUAGCGCGGAUGCUGGUCAGCCUGGCCGAGAUGGACCUGCAGCUCUUUGAAAACAAGAAGAAUACGAGAGGCCGGAACAGGAAAGUCACCAUCUACAGCUUCACGGGCAACCAGAGAAACCGCUGCAGCACAUUCCGAGUGAAAAGAAACCAGACCAUCUAUUGGCAGGAAGGGCUCCUGGUCACCUUUGACGGGGGCUACCUCAGUGUGGAAUCCUCGGAUGUGAACUGGAAAAAGAAAAAAAGCGGAGGAAUUAAAAUCAUCUGUCAAUCAGAAAUGAGAGACUUCUCCGCCAUGGCCUUUAUCACUGACCACGUCAACUCCCUGAUCGAUCAGUGGUUUCCUGCUCUGACGGCCACGGAGAGCGACGGCACCCCGCUCAUGGAGCAGUACGUGCCGUGCCCGGUGUGCGAGGCCUCCUGGGCCCACCACGCGGAUCCCGGGGAGAAAUCCGAGGGGGUGCAGUAUUUCGACAUGGAAGACUGCGUGCUGACAGCCAUUGAGAAGGACUUCAUCUCCUGCCCCCAACACCCCGAUGUCCCCGUGCCGCUCCAGGAGCUGGUGCCCGAGCUGUUCAUGACCGACUUCCCCGCCAGGCUCUUCCUGGACAACCGCGCGCUGGAGCACAGCGAGGACGAGGGCAGCGUCCUGGGCCAAGGCGGCAGCGGCACCGUCAUCUACCGCGCCCGCUACCAGAGCCAGCCGGUGGCCGUCAAGCGCUUCCACAUCAAGAAAGUCAAGAACUUCGCCAACGUGCCCGCAGACACCAUGCUGAGGCACCUGCGGGCCACGGACGCCAUGAAGAACUUCUCGGAGUUCCGGCAGGAGGCCAGCAUGCUGCACGCCCUGCAGCACCCCUGCAUCGUCUCGCUCAUCGGCAUCAGCAUCCACCCGCUCUGCUUCGCCCUGGAGCUCGCCCCGCUCAGCAGCCUCAACACCGUGCUGCCCGAGAAUGCCAGAGACGCUUCCUUUAUGCCCCUGGGGCACAUGCUUACUCAAAAAAUAGCCUACCAGAUUGCCUCGGGCCUGGCUUACUUGCACAAGAAGAAUAUCAUCUUCUGCGACUUGAAGUCAGACAACAUCCUGGUGUGGUCCCUGGACGUGAAGGAACACGUUAACAUCAAGCUGUCUGACUAUGGCAUUUCACGGCAGUCAUUUCACGAGGGAGCCCUGGGUGUGGAGGGCACUCCUGGCUACCAGGCCCCAGAGAUCAGGCCUCGCAUCGUGUAUGAUGAGAAGGUAGAUAUGUUCUCCUAUGGAAUGGUGCUGUACGAGUUACUGUCGGGACAGCGUCCCGCGCUGGGCCACCACCAACUUCAAAUCGCCAAGAAGCUGUCCAAGGGCAUCCGCCCAGUGCUGGGGCAGCCAGAGGAGGUGCAGUUCCAUCGCCUGCAGGCACUCAUGAUGGAGUGCUGGGACACAAAGCCUGAGAAGCGCCCGCUGGCCCUGUCCGUGGUGAGUCAGAUGAAGGACCCCACCUUCGCCACCUUCAAGUACCUGCUGCCCUGCGGGACGCAGACAGCCUUCUUCUCAUCCCAGGGCCAGGAGUACACCGUGGUGCUCUGGGAUGGAAAAGAAGAGUCCAGGAAUUACACCGUGGUGAACACAGAGAAGGGCCUUCUAGAAGUGCAGAGGAUGCCCUGCCCCGGCAUGAAGCUGAGCUGUCAGCUCAAGGUCCAGAACACUCUAUGGACAGCCACUGAGGAUCAGAAAAUCUACAUUUAUAGCCUCAAAGGCAUGUGCCCACUUAGCACGCCCCAGCAAGCCUUGGACACACCAGCCAUUGUCACCUGCUUCCUGGCGGUACCUGUCAUUAAUAAGAACUCCCUCCUGGUGCUGGCAGGCCUGGCGGACGGCCUGGUGGCGGCGUUUCCCGUGGCUCGGGGCGCCCCGCAGGACAGCUGCUCCUACCUGUGCUCCCACACAGCCAACCGGGCCAAGUUCCGCAUCGCCGACGCCGACGCCCGGCAGAACCCAUACCCGGUGAGCGCCAUGGAAGUGGCCAACAGCGGCUCCGAGGUGUGGUACAGCAACGGGCCCGGCCUGCUGGUCAUCGACUGUGGGACGCUGGCCAUCCACCGGCGGCUGGAGCCCUACGCCGCCCCCUCGGUGGUCGCCGCCAUGGCCUGCGGCUCCGACUGCCACGGGGAGGAGGUGGUCUGGUGCCUGGACGACAGGGCCAACGCCUUGGUGAUGUACCACGCGGCCACCUACCGCCUGUGCGCGCAGUACUUCUGCGGGGACCCCAGUCCCCUGCGGGACGUGUUUCCCGUGCAGCGGAUCGGCGCAGGGUCCCCAGGGGGCCGCACCCCCAGCCCCAAGGACACCCAGGGGGACCCCAUUGCCGACGUGAGCAUCAUCUACAGCAAGGACUUGGGGACCCAGAUCCUGAGCCAUCAGGACUCGCUGACCGACUACUGCUCCAUGUCCUCCUAUUCCUCGUCCCCGCCCCACCGGGCCACCCCAGCCCCCUCCAGCCACCCCGGCUCCCCCGCCGGCGGCUCCAGCGUGCCCUUCUCCACCGACCGCGAGGACUCCGACCGGAUGCCGGAGCCCGGUGGCAUCUGCGAUCGACCCGACCCGGACCUCAGCCCCCUGGACGGGGAGACCUUCAGCCAGCACCUCCAGGCCGUGAAGGUUUUGGCUGUGCGAGACCUCAUUUGGGUCCCCAGGCGAGGCGGUGACAUCAUUGUCAUCGGCAUGGAGAAGGAGUCCGGUGCCCAGCGGGGCCGCGUCAUCGCCGUUUUGAAAGCCCGCGAGUUGACCCCAUAUGGGGCGCUCGUGGAUGCGGCUGUGAUCUCAAAGGAAACAGUGGUGUGCUGCUUCGAGAACGAGGCUAGCGAGCGGUGCCUGGCUGUCUGGAGGGGCUGGGGGGGCAGGGAGUUUGACAUUUUCUACCAGUCCUAUGAGGAGCUGGGCAGGCUUGAGGCGACGCGCAAGAGAAGGUAAUUCGUGCAGCUAGACCUUCAGAAGGACUCCCUGAACCCGGGGCUGGCCCCCAGCCAUGCUGCUACAAGCCCUGGAAAGAACCAGAAAGAUGGAUCGAGUUCUUUCCUGAACCCCAGCUGCUCAAAAGGGCUGGGUUGUGACGGCUGGCGGGGUUGGGGCGUUCUCAGAUUCUGCGGGACGGAAUAAUCUGAAUGCCUGUGUCCCUGCUGUUGGCUUUACAACAGGGCUGGUCAGGGGGAGCUGCCUGUCCUCCUCUGUGGGUUUCCGGGGGGGGGGGGCAGGAGAGGGGGUUUCCCCCACCCACCCCACCCCUGGGUCUUUCUAGCAUAAUGGGCCUGCCCCCUUUCCAUCUUAAGCCUCAGAUGGAAUUACACUAGAGACUUCCAGUUGGGGAACAGAUCGGGGCAGGGUAAAUGGAAGGUUGUGACCCCGACACUCCCCCCCCCACCCCUAGAAUCACAGACUCAGAACAUUUCACAAGCCCCCCGAGUGCCUGGAGCGGGGGGCCCAGCUUGGGUAAGCUGAGAUCAGGUGUCUCCCCCUUCAGAAAAGGCUCAGUGUGAGAAUCUCCUAGAAGGAUCUUGAGCCAGAAGCGGGGCGCAAUCUGGGCCGGGGAUUUGGGGGGGGGGGGAUGAAUGAGUUCCUUUAAGAGCGAUCCGGAAAGCCCCGCUCAAGGCAGCCGCUCGCCUUACAUUCUUCUCCUCCGACAAAAGGAAGGAGAAACCCAAACCGCGGGGCUGGAGAAAGGGCCUGUGUUCCUGGCUCGGUCAAAUACACGCCGUCACAGUUCGUCGCCGUUGGAGCACAAGCCCUGUUUGUUUGUACAUCAUAAUCUUGUUUAUCGCUUUCACAAAUUAAGUAAUAUCUCGGUGGUUUAGGCCUCUGGUUGGGAAAGCUCACCGUCUGUCCAGAGACUUAAACCAAAUUAUGGAUGUUGCUAAACAUGAACGGUCCAUAUGGACAGCAGGCUCUGAAAAGUGAAAUUGUUAGCAGGGAUGUAUGGCUACACAGAGGGUGUUUUUAUAAAUUAUGGGUGCGCACACGCAUGUCUUUGCCAAGAUUUAGCCAUCUGACUCUGCUUUGCCCAGAAAACAAGUUCACCUUGAGAUCCUGCCACAGCUCGUGUUGAAAUCACACUUGUCUAACAACAAACCUAUGAUUCUCUGCUGGGCACCGUGGCUCACGCCUGUAAUCCUAGCCACUCAGGAUGCUGAGAUCUUCAGGAUAGCGGUUUGAAGCCAGCCCAGGCAGGAAAAAGGCAUGAGACUCUUCUCUCCAAUGAACCACCGG